GUUACUGCACGCCAGAGCUCCACUCCCAGCUCCCAGAGCCCUGGAGGCGUGUUCAACGCCGGCCCCGCCUCCUGCACCCCUCCCACACCCCUCCCGGUGCGGAGAGGAGGCCAGAGCAGGCAGGGCCGGCUGCGGGAUGCCGCACGCAACGCAGCUGUACCAGCAUGUACCAGAGAAACGCUGGCCCAUCGUGUACUCGCCGCGUUACAACAUCACCUUCAUGGGCCUGGAGAAGCUGCACCCCUUUGAUGCUGGGAAAUGGGGCAAGGUGAUCAACUUCCUGAAAGAAGAGAAGCUGCUGUCGGAUGGCAUGCUGGUGGAGGCGCGGGAGGCCUCGGAGGAGGACCUGCUGGUGGUGCACACGAGGCGCUAUCUCAAUGAGCUCAAGUGGUCCUUUGUGGUGGCUACCAUCACUGAGAUUCCCCCUGUCAUCUUUCUCCCCAACUUCCUUGUGCAGAGGAAGGUGCUGAGGCCCCUGCGGACCCAGACUGGAGGCACCAUCAUGGCUGGGAAGCUUGCUGUGGAGCGAGGCUGGGCCAUCAAUGUCGGUGGUGGCUUCCACCACUGCUCCAGUGACCGUGGUGGGGGCUUCUGUGCCUAUGCAGACAUCACACUAGCUAUCAAGUUCCUGUUUGAGCGUGUGGAAGGCAUUUCCAGGGCUACCAUCAUUGAUCUUGAUGCCCAUCAGGGCAAUGGACAUGAGCGAGACUUCAUGGGUGACAGGCGUGUAUACAUAAUGGAUGUUUAUAACCGCCACAUCUAUCCUGGGGACCGCUUUGCCAAAGAGGCCAUCAGGCGGAAGGUGGAGUUGGAGUGGGGCACAGAAGAUGAGGAAUACCUGGAAAAGGUGGAGAGGAAUGUGAGGCGGUCCCUCCAGGAGCAUCUGCCUGAUGUGGUGGUGUACAACGCGGGCACAGACGUCCUUGAGGGGGACCGCCUUGGGGGGCUGUCCAUCAGCCCAGCGGGCAUUGUGAAGCGGGAUGAAGUGGUUUUCCGGGUGGUUCGAGCCCAUGAUAUACCCAUCCUCAUGGUGACCUCGGGUGGGUACCAGAAGCGCACAGCCCGUAUUAUUGCCGACUCCAUCCUCAAUCUGCAUGACCUGGGGCUCAUUGGGCCUGAGUUUCCCUGCGUCUCGGCACAGAACUCAAGCAUUCCUCUGCUUUCUUGUGCUGUGCCUUGACAGUUGCUCACAGAACAUUAUCAUAACCUGCCCCCUCACCCCGUCCACCCGCCCACCUGCCUGUGUUUGUUGCUGUGAAGACAGCUGCCAGUGAGCGUGGAGGGGCAGGAAGAGCAGGAGCCAGCCUUGCUGGCCGCUCCUCCACUCCCCACCAGGUGCCCAAGGGCCUCUGGGCCUUGGGGUGGAAGAGCUGAGUCCCAGGGAGGAGCCCACGCGGGAUGCAGGCAGGUCAUCAAGAGUCAGGGAAGACCGCUUAGCUCUAGCCAAAGGGAGGGACCUCUGGGAUAGGGUCACCUGCUGUCCGGAUCAGCCAGAAGAUGGGUCCACGCUGACCUGGUUGGUUCACUCCCUCACUUGGGUCUGGAGAGGCCCCCUUUCUGAGCAUUGGUGCCCGUGGGUCUGUGGAAAGUUUCCAUAGCCAGCCUCCAGGGGGCGCUGGGUCCUCAGCCAACAGGUAGGAGUCCCUGAUAGGGCUAUGGA